AUGUUUUUUGUGCUUCCCUCCCCUGUCUACCCGCGACGCAGGCAGGAGCGGGUGCUCAAGGGACUCUACCAGCUUUGCAACACCGUCGACGUCGUCUGCUUCGUUGUACUGAUGACGGAGUUCUACGUGCGGCUGGAGAGCAGCCUCCCUGGGUACUUCACGCAUGGCAAUGUCACCGUGGGCCUGGGGCUGUGGACCGCGACCGAGAACUGCAACUACAGCGCGGAAAUCAGAAUGGGCAGGGUCUUCAGCACGCUGAGCGUGGACGGUGGGUCGCUGCCAGUUCCCCUCAUGGUAAUGGCGCAGUACGCCAUCGCGAUUCUUGUGAUGCUGUUUCUGGCGAUCCUCAACAACGCGGUGAGUCUGAUUAACUACUCGGCAGGGGGCCGCCACCUGCGCAUUUGCGGCGUGCAUGUGCCCUUCUACCACAUCCUGUGCGUCUUUUCCUUCCUCUACUGCUUCGUGCUCAUCGUGUUGGUGUUUGUCACGCAGCCGGUGCGGGGCUUCUACAAGGAGGCUGUCUUGGCCUGCGCGGCGCAGUUGGAGUCCAGCAACCCAGCGCUGUUGCUUGCAUCGGAGUACGACGACUACAACAUCUUUUCAACCCCCGUCGAGUGGGCCCUCGCCGCCGCGCUAAUCAAUCUGUGCAUCUACUGCGUAGGGGCCGCCGUGCUCACGUGGAACUCGCACAGCCGCGAGAUUGUGCUCUUCUCGGAGGCCCCCGUCCCGUGGGAGGGGCGCGGGGUGCGGUGCAAAACAAAUAAGCCGGCCCUCCGCCUUCACACGACGGCGCGGGACACAAUUCUGGGCGAGGCCCAUGCCGCGCUUUCGCGGGGCGAGGGCGUGCGCAUCGUCUGCAGCUACGCCCUCAUGACGGAGGCGGAGUACGAGACGCAGGUGGAGGAGAUGCGGCAGCGCUUCUCCGCGGAGAUGAAGGAGGAACAGUUUGAGCAGCUGCGCUCCCACUUUGGGCGUGCGUCGGACCUGGAGGAGAACGGCUUCUUGUGGCGGCGUCAGGCCGCCCCCCCGCGCCGCCGCCGCCGCCGCCGCCGGACGACGCGGAUCAGUUCUUCGUCGUGGACGGACUCUCGCCGGCCGCCCACGACGCCGUCCGCGUCGGCGACGGUGACGCCUUCGACGAGGCCCUCGACGACCCCGACUUCGGGGCGCAGUUCUGGAGCGAGUACGGCACCAGCGACUACGACGUCGCGGACGCCAACGACGGCGGCGAGUUGGCGAAAGGCCCCCCGCAGCCGGGGGACGCGGAGAAGCACCGGCCGCGCAAAAGGCGCCGCCGCCGCCGCCGCCGCCGCAGCCUCGACGCCGAGGGCGGUGGGCUGCAGGAGCGGGACGAGGAGGACGAGGAGGAGGAGGAGGAGUUCGCGCCGCCGCGGGCGGCAGCGGGCGGGGAGGGGGGCGUAG